AACCCCCACACCCAUCCCAGAGGAAAACAAAAAUUACCAAAACAGAAUGUGCCCGUCGGAGAGAAACUGGAAUCGGCCGGAAAAUGGAGUUCCAGCGACGGAUUUCAGAUCGGCAUUCGAGAUCCUCGACGCCGACCGCGAUGGCAAGAUCAGCAGGGAAGAUUUGAAGAGAUUUUCCGCCGGAUUCUCCAACGGUUUCAACGACGACGACGAGAUGAUCGGGGCGAUGAUUUCGUUGGCGGAUUUGAACAAGGACGGUUUCGUAGAGUACGAGGAAUUCGAGCGCGUUUUGGGAGGGCACAAGAAGAAGGUUUCGUCGGGUUAUGGCGUGAUGGAGGAUGUUUUUAAAGUGAUGGAUAAAGACGGAGAUGGGAGAUUGAGCCACGAGGAUUUGAAGAGCUACAUGGAUUGGGCUGGUUUUCCGGCUUCCGAUGAAGAUAUCACAGGGAUGAUUAAAUUGGCCGGCGGCGGGGACAGCGGCGAAGGUGAGAAUGGUGUUACUUUUGAUGGUUUGCUGAAGAUUUUGGCCGUUGAUUUUUCUGGGUAAUUUUGAGUUAUUAUU